GGCGGGUUACACUGCCAAAGCCGUCUCCUCCAGCAGGCAGGCGAGGGCUCUCCUCCACCCUGAGCUCGCGUUUCCUGAGGCUGCGGGCAGUGCUCUGCGCUGGCCUGCUGCCCUGCUGCCCUGCUGGUGGGUGACCAGAAGUGGGCAUCACGGGAAGAGCCCUCCACGAAGGGGCGGCCUCUGAGGAUCAGGCCAGCAGCUGCAGGAGGGUUGUGCACGCCGGUGAGCUGUGAGCGGAGCCGUAAGGAAUCUGGACUCACCAGGCCUGGGGAUGGCUGGAAACUGCUCCUGGGAGGCCCAUCCCACCAACAGGAACAAGAUGUGUCCGGGAGUGAGCGAGGCCCCGGAGCUCUACAGCCGCGGCUUCCUGACCAUCGAGCAGAUCACCAUGCUGCCACCGCCAGCCGUCAUGAACUACAUCUUCCUGCUUCUCUGUCUGUGCGGCCUGGUGGGCAACGGGCUGGUCCUCUGGUUUUUCGGCUUCUCCAUCAAGAGGAGCCCCUUCUCCACCUACUUUCUGCACUUGGCCAGCGCGGACGUCGGCUACCUCUUUAGCAAGGCCGUGUUCUCCAUCCUGAACACGGGGGGCUUCCUGGGCUCGUUUGCCGACUACGUCCGCGCGGUGUCCCGGAUCCUGGGGCUCUGCAUGUUCGUCACCAGCGUGAGCCUCCUGCCAGCCAUCAGCUCAGAGCGCUGCCUGUCGGUCAUCUUUCCCUCUUGGUUCUGGCGCCGUCGGCCCAAGCGCCUGUCGGCUGUGGUGUGCUCCCUGCUCUGGACCCUGUCACUGCUGGUCACCAGCAUCCACAACUACUUCUGCAUGUUCCUGGGCCGCCAGGCGCCCGGGACGGGCUGCAGGCACAUGGACGCCUUCCUGGGCAUCCUGUUCUUCCUGGUCUUCUGUCCACUCAUGGUGCUGCCCUGCCUGGCGCUCAUCCUGCACGUGGAAUGCCGGGCCCGGCGGCGCCAGCGCUCGGCCAAGCUCAACCACGUCAUCCUGGCCAUGGUCUCGGUUUUCCUCGUGUCCUCCAUCUACUUAGGGAUCGACUGGUUCCUCUUCUGGGUCUUCCAGAUCCCGGCCCCCUUCCCCGAGUACGUCACCGACCUGUGUAUCUGCAUCAACAGCAGCGCCAAGCCUGUCGUCUACUUCCUGGCCGGCAGGGACAAGUCACAGCGGCUGUGGGAGCCCCUCAGGGUGGUCUUCCAGCGGGCCCUGCGAGACGGGGCCGAGCCGGGGGAGGUGGGGGGCAGCACGCCCAACACGGUCACCAUGGAGAUGCAGUGCUCCUCGGGGAAUGCCUCGUGAGAGGCCAGCACCUGGAGGGGAGGCAGGGGCCAGCUGGAGUGGCCUCCAGAGACCCUUUGCGGAGGGACAGGAGCUGGGCAGCAGCCCUGGGGCCCGAGCGCAAGGAGAAAACUCUGCUCCCCGCCAGCGUGCCGCCAUCUCCCGGGGCCGAGGCUCUGGGGGUGGCCAACAGACAGAAGAGCCGCUUCCAAACAGACCCCGUGGCCUCACCAGGCUACCCCCAGCUAUCCUCCUUCCGUGACCCACUAUGCAGAAGUUGCCCCCGGGCGGUGGGCCGGGUGUGGGGCUCCUCCCCGCCCCAGGAUGGCCAGGAAGGGAGAGGAGGGGGUCACGCAGCCCAUCCACCUCCUGCCCCAUCAGCCAACCCAUCGCCCGUCGGGCCAGCAGCUUUGUCCUGCUGUUGGGACACCUGCUCUCUCCUUUCUGCCCCGUCAGGGCAACACUGUGAGCAGACCUCCAGGAAAGGGUGCUACCUGGGAGACGCUUCUCCUUAACCCGCCUGGGAGCCCAGUCUUUCUGCACAUGACGUUCCCCUUGGUGGCCGAAAUGGGGGAGCCUCUGGCAUGGCGAGUGCCUGGACGCAGGAAAGACCGCGUCGGCCGGCUUGAGUGGCUCGCUCUCGUCUCUGACUCCAUGCCAGCCGGCGUGUCUGAGCUGCCGUCCGCCCAGUCUGAGGGGCUCCGGAAGGCCAUCCAGGCAGUCUCUGGGCCAUAGCCCCACCCAGAAGUGGGCACUGGCUCUAGCUGGCCACCUCAGCCACCUACAAGCACGGUGGCCCAGUUUGAUGAAAGAUAAUACAUGUAUAUCAAUAAACGUUUUCUAUCUUGCAGCGAGGAAGGCUUCCUGCCCUCUGUGCUGUCUGUGAUCUUGUUCCCACAGUGAGGACCCCACUGGCAUCCAAAGCCCAGAUGGGCAGCCUUUCCACGCCGCCCCCCCGUGCAGCCCGCGCUGUACCCCAGCUCCCGUGCCGCCUCUCCUGGCUGGCCGGUCUACACACCCGGCGUGCUCCCUCUCCUGGUAGGGUGUCCACUCCUCUGCCGGAGGGAGCUUGGUCCCCACGCUACCCUCUGUUGGCUAACCCCCAUGCACUUUUCACCCACCCAGGGCCCCCCCUGCUCCCCCUGGGAACCUUAGUUUUCAUCACACCUACUGGGUUCUAGGCUCUCUGCUGGCUACUAAUACAGUCCCUGCCCAAGAAGAACACAGUGUGCGGGCUUCCUUGGUGGUGCAGUGGUUGAGAAUCCGCCUGCCAAUGCAGGGGACACAGGUUCGAUCCCUGGUCCGGGAAGAUCCCACAUGCCGCAGAGCAACUAAGCCCGUGCACCACAACUACUGAGCUUGCGCUCUAGAGCCCGCGAGCCACAACUACUGAGCCCUCGAGCCACAACUACUGAAGCCCACGUGCCUAGAGCCCGUGCUCCACAACAAGAGAAGCCACCGCCAUGAGAAGCCCGUGCACCGCAACG